GAUGGAUCAUUGUGCAGAGAGACAUGGUGUUCCGCGGCGACACGGUGACGUCCGUAGCCCAUUUAUCGGCGGAGAUAUUUCAGCGGUUAAGGUGGAUCCCGCCGUCGGAUCGAAUCAGAAGCGGCGAGAUGUUGCAGCUCGUCUGCUGUUUUCCGCUUCAACAGUUAGGUCGAUUCAUGUUAUGGUUCUGGAAUUAUAUAUGUGUACCACCUCCAGAGAUUCUUUACUUUGAUGAUGAUCUUGAUAACGAUGAUGUUUAUGGAUCAUCUUCGUCUUCUUCUAUUGUUAAUCAUCAUAAUUACUAUCAUCUUCGUAUGGAGUGACCAAAAAUUUCGUAUUUUCUGAUUUUUUUUACUUGUAAAGUGUUUUCUUUUUUUUCCCCUUUUUUGUAUAGAAAAAAAAUCUUUGUGGUGUUUUCUUUCGUGGGAUUGUUGGAUAAAUUGGAGUAUGUUUCUCAAUCCUUGUUUACGGAAAUCAGGAGUUCUUGAGUA